AUUCAAAUGAAAGUUGGUAUGGCAGCGAGUGACAAACAAAACAACGUCAAAGAUGUUUAAAGCACAACAUACAUUUUCUGAAGAGCCAAAUCUUUAUUCUACAAGUAAUUACACCAUGGAAAAUUCUUAUUGUCUUUGUGGUCAGCCUUAUAACCCGAACAUUUUCAUGAUACAAUGUGAUGCUUGUAAAGAUUGGUUCCAUAGCAUUUGUUGUAAUUUCUCGGAGUAUACAGCAAUAGAAAUAGACAAAUAUCACUGUCCAAGGUGUGCCCCAGCCUUUGGGCCAUCUAUAAAUAAACCUAUUUGUAACUGGCAUAGACAUGAUUACUGGGAUGAUAAUGCUUCAACAAAACCUGUCCAAACUGGUACUCCUGUGUUCAUAAAAGAACUAUGUGCUAGACAUUUUACACCAGAAACAGAUGUAGUUAUGCAUAUGAGGGGACAGCAGCUAACAGAAACGUUUUUGAAGACACAUGGCUUUAAUAAACCUAUAUCCAUAGAUACAAAAGAUGGACUAGAUUUAACCGUACCUCCAGAAAACUUUAGUGUUUAUGAUGUAGAAUCAUUUAUAGGUGGUGAUAUGGAGAUUGACGUUAUUGAUGUUUGUCGCCAAACAAAUAUUAAAAUGAAGCUGAGGGAAUUUGUUGAGUAUUUUAAUAAUUUGAACCGUACCAGAGUGUUCAAUGUGGUUAGUUUGGAGUUUUCGGGCACUGGCCUCUCGGAGCUAGUUGAUGCACCAAGUAUAGCUCGGGCUUUAGAUUGGGCAAACUAUGUGUGGCCAAUAAAUUACCCUGGAAAGCCACAGGUUCAAAAAUACUGUUUAAUGAGUGUAAAAGAUUCCUAUACUGAUUUUCAUAUAGACUUUGGUGGAACCAGUGUGUGGUAUCAUGUGUUGAAAGGUGAAAAAAUAUUUUAUUUUGUUAAACCCACUCCAGCAAAUUUAACACUUUAUUCACAGUGGAUGACAUCUACUAGCCAAAGUGAGACAUUCUUUGGAGAUCAGGUUGAUCAGUGUAUUAAGUGUGUAAUAAAACAAGGUCAAACAAUGCUUAUUCCAACAGGAUGGAUCCACGCAGUCUACACUCCAGUUGAUUCUAUAGUUUUUGGAGGAAAUUUCCUACAUUCUCUUAAUAUAGGAAUGCAGUUAAGUGUUUAUGAAAUAGAAAAGAAAAUCAAGACAGAACACAAAUUUCUAUAUCCAAAUUUUGAAAUGAUAAACUGGUUUGCAGCUGUUUAUUUAUUGGAACAACUUGUUGAAAUAAAUAUGCAUGAAAGUAGGUGUCCUGAAUACUUUUUGGCAGGAAUGAAAGCAUUAUUACAAAGUCUUAAGCAUUGGAAUACAGAAAAAGAUUACAAUAUGUCUGUAAGAGAACAACUUCCAAUUACGGUGAAUAUUCCAAAACUUUUGAAAGAUAUAGGUAAAGAAAUUCGACAUGCCGAAAGAUAUAUAAUUCAAUUGAAUCCUCCAAAACCUGAAAGAGAGUCCAAAAGGAAAAGGAAAAAACCAGUGAAUAAAGACUUUGUUGACUAUUCAUUGUUACCAAAAUCCACGUCCCAAGAUUUUAUGCCACUCCAUGAACUACCUCCACCUCCAGCUAGUCCUGUAAAAUACUCUCAUCAAUCGCCUUUAAAACUUACGCUCCCGAAACCUGCUAUGUAUCCAUACGAACGCUCAGUGACAGCUGCGGAAUCGCAGCCUUCGGUAAUUGAUGAAACUAGAAGCCUAGGUACCCCACAAUGGUUAAAUAUGCCAUUUGAUAGACCUCAAGAAACUGUAGCUAUUCAUAGAGGUGGAACAGUGAUGAAAAUUAAAUUAGGAUCGAAAGAUAUUUUACCACCACAAAUUCCAAAUGCACCACCAACAGACUAUGUGUUCAGAGAUGAAUUGGGAAGCAAUUCCCAAGAUAUUUAUGACUUUCGAGAUGAUAGUGAUAGAGAUGAAGACUGCUUUAAUUUUAUGAUAGACGAAUCCCCUCAAAAAAAGCGUAAGAAAUCAAGUGGAAAGGCACGUGUACCUGCUAAGAAAGUAAAAACGCCUCCAGGAGAAGGAUCAAAUGGAAUCGAAUCUCUAAUACAAGCAUCUGCCUUGUCGGUACCUAUAACUCCUGAGGGUGGAACGUCGCCUUCUACACAAGAAGCAAUAGCUGGUAUGCUCUCUAUUAGUCAAAAUUGGUCACCAAACAAAACCCAAAGAAAAAGAUAUGUACAAAGUCCUAUUGAAGAAAAUGUUAAUAAUGUUCAUCAAGACGAUGAUUAUGUAUAUCCAUCUUUAGACAAUUCCGAUGAUGAGGAAGUACAAAUUUUUAAGACCCGAGGUAAAUCGAAAAUUGACGAGGCGUGGAGUCCAAAGGCAAGAGUUGGUCCAUUGUUACCGAAAAUGAAUCGACCUGCAAGAGAGGGUACUAAGAAACAAUCAGUAGAAAAAGUUCUUGAAGCUGCAGCAGCCAGAAGGUUACAUGAGAUACCUGAUAAAAAUAAGUCUCCUAAAAGGCAGUACCGCCGUAGGAAAAUUAAACCAAAAUUAGAUAUACGCAGUCCAUCCUCUAGUGCCACCGCAAUACCUAGUACAUCAAUGUCGAAUCCCGUCAUCCCAUCUAGUAGUGGUAUAAUACCUAAACCUCGAAAGGGAAUGAAGACUGUUAAACAGCGAUUAGGUAAAAUAUUGAAGAUUCACAAAAUGAUUCACUAAUUUAAUUUAUAGUUUAUUAUUG